GUCAAUCAUGGCCGGCGCGGCAGUCGUUCGCCUUCGCUCUAAAUUUAUCGUUUUCUGAUUGAUCGUGUACUCUCCCGGUUUUAAGAGGAAUUUAGCUAGGCAUUUGAUGACAUCGAUGAGUAGACUAAACUACUGAAGUUUGCGCUCUCGCCUGCAGCUCGGGCUCGGGUAAGUGCAUACGAGCAACUUUUGCGGUGGGUGUUGGUGAGGUUCUCGCGUUGCAGGUUCGGCUUUUGUAAAACAGCUGACGCGGUAAGUUUUGCACAUCUAAACUCACAAUUUUCUAACAAAGGAGUAGACAUUUUUAAACUUUAAGCCAUUGUUAAACUUCGUUUAAGUUUUCCCGUGUAGCAUGGCUGUUCGACUCUGUCUUGCACAUCGGUGAUCAAGUUACGGUGGAAAUUUCAGGCGCGCUCUCCGAAGUUAUCAUGGAGCAUCUUCCCCAGCAUUUGCGUUUUCAAGAGCUCUGGGGAGGCAAAGACGUGGACGUCGAACCCAGCAGUGGCAUAGACUUGCUCGAUUCGCCGUUCCCGUUCGGCAUACCCCCCGUCGUACCAGACGCCGAGACACAGAUUCUCGAAAUUCUGGAGGAAAUAGCGGACAAUUUAUCGGUACACAGCGUUGAAAGCACUCAAAGACACUUUUCGGCUCCACCCGACGUGAAAUCGCUGUUGUCUUGCGAUGUUUCGGCCACUCCUUCGGAACUUCGGGUCCGCAGGAACCUCGCAACUGGUACCCUCGAAGGAUAUAACGAGGUAUUUAUUGAGGAAGAAUGUCCAGAAAACGGUGAAUCAGCUGUAGACUUUGUAAAUGGUUUGUCGACUGUUCCGCCAGGUUUUGAAGAAGGCAUGACCUUUAGUGUUGAGUCAGCAGCUCCCGAGGAAGAGUUUUCCGUACGGCAUGUGCUCAAUCUGGCAGACGUCUUGUCAGCUGGGGAGCCACAAGAAAUGGAUGAUAGGCCUCGAAACAAGGAAAAUAAACAAGCCAGUGUGGGACUGCUGGAUGAUGUUGAGUUUAUGAAGCAGCUGCCACUGGAACCGGUGACGGCAGUGCUUGACAUCAGCCACGUGACGACCGAACCCAAGGUGCGCUUGGAGUGGGCAGAGCAGGUGGACAUCUCCAAGCCCAUGCUGGAUUUCAAGGAGCAGGUGCCAGACCCUGCAUUCAAGUGGCCAUUUGAGCUGGACACGUUCCAGAAGAAAGCCAUCGUUCACCUCGAGCGGAGGGAAUCGGUCUUUGUGGCCGCCCACACAUCUGCCGGCAAGACAGUGGUGGCCGAGUAUGCCAUUGCUCUCUCUAGGCGCCAUAUGACCAGGACAAUCUACACAUCUCCAAUCAAAGCUCUGUCCAACGAGAAGUACAGGGACUUUAAGGACACCUUUGAAGAUAUUGGACUCAUCACGGGCGAUGUGCAGAUCAACAAGGAGGCUUCGUGCCUCAUUAUGACAACCGAAAUUCUCAGGUCCAUGCUGUACAACCGGUCGGACGUGGUGGCCGACUUGGAGUGGGUAAUCUUCGACGAGUGCCACUACAUCAACGACCCCGACAGAGGCGUUGUCUGGGAAGAAGUGCUCAUCAUGCUGCCGAGACACGUGGGGCUUGUGCUGCUCAGUGCUACCGUACCCAAUGCCCUGAACCUGGCCAAUUGGAUAGGGAGGAUCAAGGAGCGUAUGCUGUACGUCAUCUGCACGACCAAGCGUCCCGUGCCUCUCGAACACCACCUGUACUUCAACCAGGAGACCUUUCUUAUCCUGGAUGCUAGCAACAAGUUCCAGACUUCCAGUUACAUGAAAGCUUGUGCCAGACGGAAAGAGACCAUCAAGGGAUCGCGGACCCACGACGACAGGAGUCGCUAUCAGGGCCUGAUCCAGCACCUGCGCAAGGCCGAUCGGCUCCCCGUCAUCUGCUUCACCCUGUCGCGCAAGCGCUGCGACGAGAAUGCCCUCUCGCUGCGCUCCCUUGACCUCACCACGGCGGAGGAGAAGUCGGCCAUCCGCCGGUUCAUCCAGAGCACGGUAACCUCGCGGCUGGGGCGCGCUGACCAGCGGCUGCCCCAGCUCCGCACCCUCCGGUCGCUGCUCGAGUCCGGCUUCGGGGUGCACCACAGCGGGGUGUUGCCCAUCCUCAAGGAGGCCGUGGAGAUGCUCUUCCAACGCGGCCUGGUCAAGGUGCUGUUUGCCACCGAGACCUUCGCCAUGGGGGUGAACAUGCCGGCACGCACUGUGGUGUUCGACAGCAUCCGCAAGCACGAUGGCGUGUCCAACAGGGACCUGCUGCCCGCCGAGUACAUCCAGAUGGCCGGGAGGGCCGGCCGUCGCGGCAAGGACAAGACGGGCACAGUGCUGAUCAUGUGCAAGGCGGAGGUACCGGAGUCCUCUCAGCUGCAGGCCAUGAUGCUGGGGCGCCCCACUGAGCUCCAGUCCCGCUUCCGCAUCACCUACUCCAUGAUCCUGAACCUCAAGGCCCAGGCACACAAGCGUGUCGAGGACAUGAUGAGGGACUCGUUCCGGGAGAACUCCAACCAGAGCCAGAGCACGAGUCUUGUGAAGCGCAGCAGUGCCCUGGAGCAGGAACUAAGCUCGCUCCCAUCCGCGGACUGCCCCCGUUGCUCGGAGCUGCCGCUGGGCCUGCUUGCCGAGCAGGAGUGGGCACGCUCAGCCCUCUGGGAGCACCUGCUGGCCCUGCCCCAGGCCUCCAAGGUCAUGGCCGCGGGUAGGCUGGUCCUCGUCAGGCAGGCAGGGGAGAGCAAGGCCAACUUGCUGGGAGCCCUCUCCUCCACAGCACCCAGGGAAAAGAGGCUGUCCCUGUGGGCUCUCGUCGAUGCCAAGCCCAGCGUCAAGGAGCACCUCCCCUGGCCCCUAAGCAAGAAGGUCUUGAUUCCGGAAGGGACACUGGCAGUCCAGCAGCUGACCGUGCCCUUUGCAGAUGUGCUGUGCAUUGUUUCGCACACCAUCAAGUUGGACCCCAAGAGGCUGGCGCACCCACAGGGCAAGACGCUGCUUGGGCAGGAGUUACUGGAGGUGGUGGAGGCACACCCCAAGGGUCUGCCCGCCAUCAACGUCACCAAGGACAUGCGCAUCCAAGCCAUGGACUCAGUCGAUUUGGUGCAGCGCUGUCAGAUGCUGGAGGAAAAGCUGCUUUCCAGUGACUGUCUGGGCUGCCCACUCUUUGAGACACACUUUGAUCAGGGGAGGCGUCGGCAGCGUCUGACGGAAGAGCUGGCCCGCAUGCGCCACCUGCUGUCCGAAGAGAGCUUGGCCUCGAUGCCGGACUACCAGAACCACGUACUGGCCUUGGAGAAGCUGGGCUACCUGGAGCCUGAAGGGGCUCUGACCCUGAAGGGCAGGGUGGCCCGUGCCCUAAGCAGCCAUGAGGUGAUGCUGACGGAGCUACUGCUCCAAGAGUCCCUGCUCACCCUGGGGGCUCCCGAGGUGGCCGCCCUCUUCUCCUCUUUUGUCUUCGAGCAGAGGACCGAGGACGAGCUGGUCAUCCCAAAGUCCAUGGUGGCCGCGGUGCACAAGUUUGGAGAGGUGGCGCAACGAAUUGGAAGGGUGCAGCGGGAGUGUGGCUUUGACGAACCACCGGACCAGUUCGUGGAACAGUUCAGCUUCGGCCUGUGCAAUGUGGUCUACCACUGGGCUAAGGGAAUGCACUUUGCCCACAUCAUGGAGCUGACCAAGACGCAGGAGGGCAUCAUCGUGCGCUGCAUCCAGCGGCUGGACGAGCUGCUGAAAGAUGUGCGCACGGCCGCCGGCAUCGUGGGCAACCCCGAACUGCGCGCCAAGAUGGAGGAGGCCUCCCGACUCAUCCGCAGGGACAUCGUCUUCGCUGCCAGCCUUUACCUCCAGUGAAGGCGCGAUCGUCCGUGCUGGUGGACGCCCAUUCUUUCUUCUCGGCAGGACACGAGGUCGGUGGGUCUUCGAAAUAUUU